UUUGUUUUCAUUCUUUCUGGAGGAGGGUGGAUGUCAGUCUGUGUUAUAUUCGCUCCGAGAUAAAUUAUGGAUUGAAUACGAAUAUAUUAUUUUGGAAUUCAAAUUUUCUUUUCAUUAUUUUUAAACAAUUCGUUAAAUACAUAGAUUAGGAUGUCUUUAAUCUAUGUUAUGCAUUCUUAUUUGUAGAUCAUUCCGCAGCAGGAAAAGACGUAGUAAUCUGUAUAAAAUUAAAAUUUAGAAAACAUCACUUUGAUUCUUUUGUAUUUAUUCUUAUUAUUGAUGUAAAAAAUUUAUAACCGGUAACAUUAAUUUUUUAUAUUGUCUCAAUAAUAUUCAAAAAUGAGUGAUUCUCCUCUUCGUCGUGUGGGAUAUUGGUGGAGCGAAAAGAAAAGCCGGAAAUUGAAUGCGGAAGAAUUAACUGCUGUGUGCCGAGCAGCCGGGCUUGAACUUGUUAAGCUGGAUAUGAAUCGAAGUUUUGAUGAGCAAGGGCCAUUUUCAGCUAUUGUCCACAAAAUGUCAGAUAUUCUUGUGCAAGCUAAAAAGGGUGAUCCACAAGCAAAAGCUGUGUGUGAAGCAAUUCAGGAUUACAUUGAUGCUCACCCUACAAUGGCGGUUAUUGAUCCGCUUGAAAAUGUUGAAAAGGUAUUGGGUCGUUAUGAGCAGUACCGGAUAGUGAAUGAAAGUGAAAUUUGUGAUGAAGGUGAUAUUUUUAUUCCUGCAUUUGUUGAAUUAACAAGUAUGAAUGUUCAAGAAAAUUUGACUAAGAUGAAGUCAGCUGGAGUUGAUUUUCCUCUUGUUUGUAAACCAACUAUGGCUCAUGGUUCUACUCGCUCCCACCAGAUGUGUAUCAUUUUCAAUGAAGAAGGCCUGAAUGAUAUAACUCCACCUUGUGUUGUUCAGAAGUUCAUUAAUCACAAUGCAGUGCUGUAUAAACUGUUCAUUAUUGGACAGGAGUAUUUUGUGAUUGAACGACCAUCUUUGAAAAAUUUCAGUGCUUGUGACCAGAAAACAAUAUUUUUUGAUAGUAAUGAAAUUUCAAAACCAAACUCAGUGUCGGAAUUGACGUCAUUGGAUGACAAUGAAUCAUAUACACCAACUGUUUGGCCAGAACAAAAGAAAAUGGAUAAUAUUGUGAGAGUUUUACAUAAAUAUCUUGGAUUGGAUCUACUUGGGAUUGAUGUUGUUAUUGAUAACAGAACAGGACAUUAUGCAAUCAUUGAUAUGAAUGUGUUCCCAGGUUAUUAUGAAGCUGACAAUUUCUACCAUUUGCUUACCAAUUUGGUGUUGAAUAAAAUACAUUGGAAAGAAUCUGGUAUGGUUGAAGAACCUUACAAGCCCAAAUUAAUUGACCACUUGUCAACCCCAGUGCUCAAAAUGGAAGAAAGCAAUAAAAAAUCCACAGAUGUCUUUAAUUUCUGGAAGGAUGUGAAACCGAAAAUUAUGGAUCCUCAUGCCACAGAUAGUAUCCAUCCAGUGAAACAAACCUUAAAUGUCAGUGAUCCCCCUGAAGCAGUGCAGUGCAUAGCAGAUAAACAUUUGCACGAUGUGCAGAAUGAGAUGCUUUUGUUUCAGAAACAAAAUGACGUGCAAGAAGAUUCAGGUGUGGAAACCUCCGAUUCCUGCGACGAGAAAAAAAAUAAAAUCUGUCACAGAACUGUCAAACAUCAGCAUUCCAAAAAGUAUGCAUCCAACUGCACAUCGCUCAAAGAAAUGAGAUGAUGGAAUUAAGUUCAGAAUCUUGUACUUAGCAUAAUGCCAAAUUUUUUAAAAGUCAAAUAUUACCGUAUAAAGCUGUAGUGAUCGAGAACUUUUAAUCAAAAUUUUGCUUUUUGCCAAGUACCAGAUUUCAGUCUAAAGUGUUUAUAAAGCAUAUUGAUGCAAAUUAACCAUUGCCAAAAGAUGUUUCUAAGAUAAUGUUAUGAGAGCUAUUGAAGUUUUUAAUAGGUUGUGCAUUUUUUUUUUAAAUUGUAAUUGUAGUGUAAUUUUUUUUGUAUUUAACCUUUUAUGUAUUUAUAUUAAAAUGCAGGAAUUAUAAGUUAGAGUAUUCUGAAUUCCAGUUAUUUUUUUAAUUGUAUAUCAACCAUUUUAUUAAAAAAUGGUAUGUGAUAAUUAACUAGUUAAUGUUGAAAACAUUUUUCAUUUUAAUACUUUUUGGAUAUUUUUAUCUUUAAAAAUUUGAUAUACUUAAUCUUAAUACCAUAUUGCAUUGUUGACUGAAGAGAGAUAUUGGAGGGGGGGGAGGAACUGUAGCAAACUAAUCUUUUUAUCAUCAGAAAUUUUCUUGUGUAUUGUAAGAAUUUCACUCCUACUGUAAAAAAUUGUUGACAUGAAUGCUUAAAUGAAUGUAGUUCUUUAAAUCAAAUAUGUAGGUAAAUUUAUGUUUUGCAUUUUGAUAAGGGCAUUUUACACAGUUCCAAAAUGAUGUCCAGUGUACUGUUUUAAUUUUGAUUGUUCAUAUCUGAUAAGAAAAAAAUUACUAUUGUAUGAUUCUGAUUUGGGUGAUAUAUAAGUUUCAUUUAAUUUUACAUGUUGAAAGCGUUUAUGUUGAAAAGUUACAUUUUUAUGUUUAAAUUGCCCACAAUUAAUCAGUAACAUUUUAUUUUGCAUUUAAAACUUGUUUCUAUAAUGAAACAAAUAUUGAUUACUGAAUAGAAGUUAAAUAAAGUAGAUUGUUAUUUGUAUGUUUUUUAGAUUAAUGCCUUAUUUAGCAUUUAAAAUAUUCCAUGUACUACUAGAUUUUUUUUGCAAAUUAUAGAGAAGACUGCUAUAAAAUUCUUUGAUUAACAUAUUUCGAUUUCAGUGGACCAAGUUAUCAUAAAAAAAAUAUUACCUUACUAUGUUAUUUACAAGUAUGCAUUUA